AUGGAUAAGCCUGUGGGUGAGCGAUGUAAAGAGCGAGACGAACUCGACAAGCAAACGAACCCUAUGAUUAUCGUAGUUUAUCCUUUUGUGCUGAGUCAGGGAUGUGUUUCGUCUGGCGCGCGCCACAAGUCAUCACCCAUUGAUAUUGGGGGUUUGUGUUUCGGGGAGAUGGCUGCCGAUUUCCGGAUCGACAGAACAGAGUUAACAUGGGCAAUAAUCAACUUAUUGUGUGAUGAGGGAGGGUUUCAGGCUGAGUCAGUAGGCGCUGGGCUCGUGCGUCGGCUUAUAUCGCGAUUGAUACGCUUCUUGGUUUGGUGUUGUAGAAGGAAUCCGCGAGCUGCAUUGGAGGUGGAGUGCAUUGAUCGGACGGGAGAUACACGUGCGCAUGACAUUAACACCUACCAAUUUGGGCAGUACCUGGGGAUAUCUAGUUCGGCGGAGGAUCGUCACGAUAAUUCAUGUAUGCACUUUAUCUCUGACCUGCCAUCGCAGCAAGUGUCUUGUGCAUGUUACAGACAGUGGAAUACAAUGGAGUACAUGUCGUGCUCGGGGCUCCUCAGCUUUGAUCCCCGCGGUGGCUGCCUCCGCCAAAUGUGGCUCGUGGUGGUGAUGGUCAUGGUCAGUAGAGGCACGGAAAAGAAAAAGCCAAUAUGGGAAUCAUUAAUAUUUGUUGUGUCUGGGUCUAGUAUCGACAUGGAAGCCGAACCGAGCAUAGAGAGUCUCGAGUGA